AUGAUCGCCGUCAUCGGAGCAGCUGGGAAAGUUGGCUUUGCCACUACCUUAGCUUUGCGACAAGCGAAUGUGCCAGUCAGGGCCAUCCUUCGUGAUCAUUCAAAGGCGGCUCGCCUGAGAGCCCUUGGGUGCGAAAUCGCAAUAGCUGACCUUCACGAUGCCGAUGCUCUCGGCAAUGCGAUAGCAGGCGCAGGAACUGUCCAGGCAAGAGAUGGAGCACAGGACGUUGUUUUGGCGCUCGAGAAGGCUCAACCGAAACGAGUGCUGGCCAUCUCCGACUAUGGCGCGCAUGUCGGUUUUGACAUUGGAAUGCCGACGAUGUGUGGCACCCUUAAGACUCGUAUUAGCCAGCUCCAGGGCCAUAAGGUGAUCCUCCGCUCUGCAGAACAUAUGCAGAAUUGGAACCGCGCGAUUCCAGCGGCUAUCGUAUCUGGUACCCUUACGAGUUUCCCCAUCUUGACCUCCAGUCUGCUUCCCACUGUUUCCGCGCCUGAUGUGGGUAAAGUUGCGCCCGAAAUCAUACGACAAGCCAUCAGAGACGACGAAUUGCAAAUCAUACACGUUGAAGGGCCGCAGCGUUAUAGCGUUCAGGAUGUGGCAGCGGCAUUGAGCGAACUGUUGGGACGGGAGAUCGGAGUUGAAGUGGCGCCUCGAGAACAAUGGAAAGAGGCAUUGCAGGGAGGUAUGAGCGCGAGCCUUGCUGAGCUAUUGCCCAAGGCGAACGAUGCACUGAACCAAGGUGGGCUUAUUGACAUUGAACCGAAUGGCGAGGUUGUUUAUGGCACUACAGAACUAGUGGCAGGUCUCCGAUUACUGCUUCCGACUCAACUAGAUGUGGCCCAGCAUGAUGCAUGAAUAUUACUUUGGGAC